AUGGUUCAGUUGUUUUAUCUCAGAAGAGUACUGCUGCAGGUGGAGUGCUUAGGGGGUGUGAUGGGAGAUUCAUCAAGGCAUUUGCUGCCAAUCUAG